ACCCGAACGAGGACGAGGGAGUUGAGACACGCCGACUGGGUUUGUCAUCCAUUACAGUAGAAAACGUUAAAACGAAGGCCCCACAUUCCAAAGAUGUUGAAACCAACCCAUGGGUGGAUCGGUCAGAAGAUAUGGCAUACCGCAAAGUCACGGAACAAAAUUUUCUCCAACAGUUCUCAA